AUGGACAAGGAGAUCGUGCUAGUAGACUCCGAUCCCGAGGACGACGAGGUGUCGGUGAAGCGACAACGCGUCGACACCCCCGAGGACCCGCUCCGCUUUGGCACUCCGUUCGCCGAGACCCUCACCGUGGAGGCGCCAGCGGUGGCAGCGCCCGUUCCUCCAGCUCCUCCUGCUCCCCCGUCGAAAUUCCUGCUUCAAUCGGACGAAAGUGAUGCUGAUGACGACUCUGGUAGUGAUUUGGGCGAGUUCUACGAGGAUUCAGCCCUCGCCAAAGUAUCGCGCCGUGCACCCCUCGGUGUGCCUCGUCGUGAACUGGUGAGCGUCUCUGGUUCUGAGUCCGACGCUGAUCUGUCUAGUUCAGUCAUCCUUCCCGAACUUGAAGACGGUGAUGUCCCGGCAAUCACUCCGGAAGUGAUCGCGCUGACGCGUAAGUUUCUCAAGUCUCAAGGGGUCCACGAAUUCCUCCAAACGUACUUGCCGACGGCAGCUCUGGGCGACGACAUUGCGCGUGUCAUUCUCAAACUAGGGUUCGUGCCGCCAAUGGCUCCAGAACCGGAUAAUUCGAAUAUCAUGGGUCUCAUUUCGUUUUUGAAUCGAGUCAUGACUAAAGUGAUGAAGGUGCGUGACCGGUUAGAGGAAGUAAAGACUAUCGACGAUGCUCUCGACGCCAUCCAGAAGGCAAAGAAAGUAUUGGUGAUUACGGGUGCGGGUAUUUCUACCAGUUUGGGUAUUCCUGAUUUCCGGUCAUCUAAAGGGUUCUACUCGCAAAUCCAAAGCCUUGGUCUUAACGAUCCUCAAGAAGUGUUUGAUCUACAAAACUUCCACAUGGAUCCGUCGCUUUUCUACUCAAUUGCCCACUUGAUCCUCCCCCCAGAAAACGUCUACUCCCCGCUCCAUGCGUUCAUCAAGUUACUACAAGAUAAGGGGAAGCUCUUGCGGAACUACACCCAGAACAUUGACAAUCUUGAAAGCUAUGCGGGCAUCAAGCAAGAAAACCUUGUCCAAUGUCACGGCUCGUUUGCCACUGCUACUUGUGUCACUUGUCGUAAGCAAAUUCCGGGGGAGCAGAUAUUCCCGCAAAUACGAGCUCAAGAAAUCGCCUACUGCCCGGACUGCAGUAAAACUAAGGACAAAAUCUUGCGGAAAGACGACGACGCCUAUCUCCCUGAGAGCUUUGGCGUGUUCAAACCAGAUAUCACCUUCUUCGGGGAACUGCUUCCUAAACGAUUCCACGACACCAUCGCUCAAGAUCUCCGCGAAUGUGACUUACUUAUAUCGGUGGGGACGUCACUCAAAGUAGCUCCGGUGGCGGAUAUCGUGGAUAAAGUGCCACCGUAUGUCCCGCAAAUCGUCAUCAAUAAGGAUCCCAUCGAUCACUGCAAUUUCGAUGUGAGUCUCAUGGGCUACUGCGAUGACGUUGCCUCCUACAUCUGUAACCUUAUGGGACCCGAGUGGGAUAUCCCUCAUCCUGACUACGACAAAAUUCGCGGGCCCGACGGUCUGAAUUUGGUGUUUGAAGGACAAGACUUGGAAUACCGCGAAUACUACAUCAUCAAUAAAGCCAAGGAAGAGGCGGAGGCAGCGGAAGCACUCAAGAAAGAGCAAGAAGCCGAAGCCGAAGCCGCGGCCGAUGGCGAGCUUAACAGUGCACCAAAGCCUCUUCUCAUCAACGAAGUUACACCGGCAACGACGGUGUCACUGACGGCGGAAACAACCAAGGAACUACUCACGGAACUGCAGCUUAAUCUGUCGUUGGCACCAGUGUCCGAACCGUCAGUACAACCUAACGAUUAUUGA